AUGAACAGCCAGAAGUUCCAACACUCAUUUGUUGAUGGACCCCGACUGCACGAUAUCAGCCGGAAGAGUAGACAGCGGCGCUUUCCGCACCUAUCCCGGGAACUACUACUCCACCCUUCGAGUAUCAAUUAUACUGCUCAACAAGAUCGAAGACUUCGUUGUUCACGCCAAUCAGCACUACAAGUAGAGAUUUUCAAAGCGAGUCUCGAUAAUGGCUGUCAGGGAUGUUGUGGAACAUGUAUUGGGCUAAGGCACUCAGGCAGAGCCCUCUCAUCACCGUCCGUCCAACUGAGCAUGCGCGGUCUCUCCGAUCUCCACCAGAAACUACGCAACAGGAGAUUCCCGAUUGAAAUGGAAUAUCCGUCAGUACCGAAUGCGUGUGGUAUCCUGGCAAAAGCAAGGCAUCCCUUUGGACCGCGUAUCAUUGCAAACACGAACGAUAAUAUACAAAACGACAUCGACAAGGUCAAUGGACUAAUUGCAAUUGAAGCGGGCUCGGUAGCGGAAGAUAGGCCCAAGGAUAAGAUGACGGAGCAGAGGAAAUAG